UGUCACCGUUGCACUAAAAACCUUCUAAGAACCUCUCGCUGCCACUGUUGCAACAAUAGAGCUACAUCCAAGAACCAUUUCAUAAUCAGAGUUAUGGAAUUAUCGAUAAACAUAUGCGGACAAUCCUCGAAUCAGAGAGAUGAGGAGUGCCGGAAGUGGCAGCCAGAGAGUUUCCCACCCGAAAUACCACGUGAUGAUGACCCAAAGAAAAUGAUGGAUGAGAAGUUGUACAAGUACGCAGCAGAAGACAAAUCUGAUGAAUUAUUUGGUGAACUGCGGUGUGUUUCAUCAGCGGAACUAUCAUCCAUCAUUUACACACAAGUUAGCCCUUCUGGAAAUUCAUUGCUUCAUGUUUCAGCAAGCAAUGGAAGCAAACAUGUGACGGAGCUCCUUCUACAACAUUUUCCGCUUCUAAUGGUGAGGAAAAACUUCCACGAUGAUACUGCACUUCAUUUAGCAGCCGGAGCUGGACAGCUGGGAACUACAACAGUUCUUAUCAACAAGGCAAAAGGCCAUGGAGGAGCCAGCGACUUUCCUAACUUUUUGGAGAUGAAGAAUAAUAGGGGAAACACAGCUUUACAUGAUGCAGUCGUUAAUGGGCACGACAUUUUGGCCCGUUUUCUUGUUUCGGAGAGCUCGAAGCUUUUAUAUACAGAAAACAAUGAACGUAAGUCUCCCUUGUAUGUUGCAGUCGAGAAUAGCGAUGAGAAGAUGCUCACUACUCUAAUGGAUACUGUACGUGAUGAUGUUGAUUUACUUAACAAGCUAGAAGGAAAGUCUCCUGUGCACGCCGCUGUCCAAGGAAGAGAGAAAAAUAUUGAAACAAAUAGCGAAAAAAAAGCCAGGCCUUUUGCGCCGGAAAGAUGAAAAAGGGGA